GGAGACAUAGAUGGUGAUGAAGACAUAGUAUGUGAUGAAGGUUCGUGGAUGGACGUGGGCGACUUCGUGGGCGGUGGUUGGCUUAUGGGCGGCGGUGACGCUGCUCGUCGCCCUCGCCUCGCUGGCUGCCCUCUUCACGCCCACCUGGUUCGUCCGCCACUCGCCCUCGCCGCCCGUGAUGUUCGGAGUGUGGGCGUGGUGCGUGGGCGGCCUCAACGACCAGAGAUGCGCCGCCGUGGGUCAGGGCGUAGCGGGGAGUGAGGGCGCCCUCCCGUCGGCCGUCUGGGUGAUGGUGGGCGCCGUGUACGGGGGUGGAGGCGCCCUGCUCGCCGUCACGGGCCUCGCGGCUCUCCUCACGCCCGUACUGCCCACCACGCACGCCCGCGCCGCCCUCGCGCACGUGGCUGGGAACAUUCAGGCUGCAGCAGGUUUUUAUGAUUAUAAUUCUGAUGAUCAUUUUUUCAGGCACAGUGACGGAGACAUAGAUGGUGAAGAUACUGUUGGUGGCGAAGACACAGAUGGUGAUGGAGACAUAGAUGGUGGUGAUGAAAUUGAUGGUGGUGAAAACACCUAUGUGAUGAAGGUUCGUGGAUGGACGUGGGCGACUUCGUGGGCGGUGGUUGGCUUAUGGGCGGCGGUGACGCUGCUCGUCGCCCUCGCCUCGCUGGCUGCCCUCUUCACGCCCACCUGGUUCGUCCGCCACUCGCCCUCGCCGCCCGUGAUGUUCGGAGUGUGGGCGUGGUGCGUGGGCGGCCUCAACGACCAGAGAUGCGCCGCCGUGGGUCAGGGCGUAGCGGGGAGUGAGGGCGCCCUCCCGUCGGCCGUCUGGGUGAUGGUGGGCGCCGUGUACGGGGGUGGAGGCGCCCUGCUCGCCGUCACGGGCCUCGCGGCUCUCCUCACGCCCGUGCUGCCCACCACGCACGCCCGCGCCGCCCUCGCGCACGUGGCUGGGAACAUUCAGGCUGCAGCAGUGUCCCUCCAGGCGGUCGGUUUGGUGCUGUAUCCGCUCGGCCUCGGCUCGCCCUUCGCCAGGCUCCAGUGCGGCGACUCAGCCACUGUGUACGCGGCAGGGAACUGUGAGCUCGGGUAUGCGUACAUGCUGGCCCUCGUUGCUACGGCUCUGGCUGCCUACUGCCCCGUGCUGGCCAGGCUGGUCACUUAUAAGGACUACACGGACUAUUGGUCGAAUUUGAAUUAUAUGUAGAACCUUUUUUUUUUGAGGAGGGGGGGAAGGGGGAGGGGUUAAGAAAGAAAAAAAGUGAAGGGAAAAGGAGUGAUGUUAGAUGUGUGAUGCAAACUUUUGGAAACACAUUAAAGUGAAAGGAAGAGAAAAUAGACCUCGAGACGUUUCACAGGACGUAAGAUUCGAAGAAAUGGUUAUUCUUAAGUGGACAGAAAAGAAAAGAAAAGAAAAGAAAAAAACUACCAGUGGUCUCAAACGGCUCAGAUAAGUUCUCUCCAACUCUCAAGGAUGAAGCAUGUCGUGUAUCCUAGUCUUAUUACCUUUCGGGUAUGUUGUAAAUAAACCGUAAUAGUAGAAGUGUACAGCGACGGCGCGAACCCACAUGAUGUUGGCCAUGAGGUCCCAACAUCCCACCCGACGCCGUGGGUUUCUCCAGUGGAUGUUGUGACUCUACAUAUUGAUUCCUUCCCUCGAUGUGACGUCACGAAGGAGCGUUCGCGGAAAAUAGAUAAACGGUGACGUCAUCGCGUUCGUGUACUCGCAUGCGGGCGAAUGCGUAACAUUAGCAUGGAAAUGAACACUUUGGCUUCCUCGCUUGGACGAACGGGUGACGUCAGCAAGGGUGUAUCAGCAUCGUUGUGGCUUAAUAAAAAA